UUUCCCAAUUUAGCAUCCCUCUAAGAAAGAAGCACCUUAAUUAGAAAUAUGCAAAACUUUGAACCCAGCUUCAAUCUUUGCUCCUCAAACAUCAUCAGCACCACCAGUGAUAUUAGUAUCAAUGAUUACUUGCUACCCCAUGAAUUUCCCAUCAACAAUAAUAUCAUACCAAACCAUAAUUCUUCUUAUUCUAGCCAUACCCAUCUUCAAGUGACUCAACCCUCUUUCCCUAAGCCUCCAAGAUCGACCUCAAAUCUAAGCAACCGCAAACCCUCCUUAAACAUCACAAUCCCUUCCAUAACCUCAGAUCUCAAAGCAAUCUCACAACACAAUAUGGAAAAAACAAGUGUUUACAAACAGAGUUCUUCUUCUUCUUCAGAUCACAAUGACAACAAAGAGAAUGAUAAGCAUUAUAGAGGUGUUAGAAGGCGACCAUGGGGAAAGUUUGCUUCAGAGAUACGUGACCCCAAUAGAAAAGGCUCAAGGGUAUGGCUUGGAACCUUUGACACAGCCAUAGAAGCUGCUAAAGCUUAUGACAGAGCUGCUUUCAAGAUGAGAGGAAGCAAAGCUAUAUUGAACUUCCCUCUUGAGGUUGAGGAUUUUGCAGAGGUUGGUGAGAAGAGGAGAAGAAAUGAAGAGAGUGAAGGGAACUAUGUGGAGAGUAAUAAGCAUGUGAAGAAAGAAGAGUGCUCUUCCAAUGGAGUUUCUGCUUCAACUCUUUGCCCUUUGACACCUUCAUGUUGGAAAGGCUUUUGGGACACUGAUGUUACAGGAACUAUCUUUAGUGUACCACCUUUGUCCCCUUUAUCUCCACUCAUGGUCGUUUGAGAUUAUGGCCAUCUGUUCUUUCGAAAGAUCAAAGAUGUGAGUGCUAAUUAUCCACACUACGCAUCAGCAACUAUCAAUUACACAUAAAUAGAAAAAUACAGAAAAGGUUGGUUUGUCUCUUAUCAAAAUAGUAGUACUGAUAGCAUAUUGGUUUGUGUGAUGUAAAUAUAGGAGAGUAUGAAGCUAGAUUUUCUUUUUUAUGCCAAUUUCUUAUCUUAUUCUUUUAUUUAAGUUCAUUUGGUCAAAGAAUGUACUAUCUACCGUGUAUACU